AUCGAGGGUUUUUGAAAAAACUGCCUUCGCGUUUGUCGCUGGCUAAUUCGCGAGACGUGGUGCCGGUAAUAUUUAAUAGAAACAGAAGGCUCGUUAUCUUCGUGUUCUGUUCGUGACAGAAUAUCGUACUGAACUGGACCUCGGGUUAUAACGGAGAUCGCGCUCGUGCGGAUCGGAGAACGCUGCGGAAAAAACAGAAAAAUAACACCGCAGGCAGGCUAGUCCACCUCCUAGCUUGUCAUAGGCAACAAGGGGAAUUUAGCGGGCAACUCCGUUAGCGGCUAGUUAUGUCUUUUCGCCGACAGAACCAACCUGGACCCGGCGGCCGCAAAACAUCCAAUGGAACUACAGGGUCAAUGGCUUCAUCAGUUCCGGGGAGCAACUCUAACAGACCCACCGCGGGAAGAAACAGAAACUCUGUGAAGACUCCCUCACAGUCACCACCUGUGUUUGAGGGUGUGUACAACAACUCACGGAUGCUCCAUUUUCUCACAGCCGUGGUGGGCUCCAGAUGCGACGUUAUGGUGAAGAACGGCAGUAUAUAUGAGGGAAUCUUCAAGACGUUAAGCUCACGUUGUGAGCUGGCAGUGGACGCAGUGCACAAAGUGAAAAAUGAAGAAGGAGAUGGAGGCGGUGGUGGAGGCACACCAGUCCAUCCCAGGAGAGAAGAGAUCACGGACACCAUGAUCUUUGGCCCUAAUGACCUGGUCACUAUGAUCUGCAGAGAUGUGGACCUCAACUACGCUACCAGAGACACUUUUACAGACUCUGCAAUUGGUUCAAGAAUAAAUGGUGACCACAGAGAGAAGGUCCUUCAAAGGUGGGAUGGUGGUGAUAGCAACGGAGAAAAUUUUGACCUAGAUGCAGAUGCAGUGAGAAACCUGCGUACCUCAAACUCUCACUCCUCCCCUACAGUCUCUCGGUCCCCUAAACCAGAUGCUCCUUCCCAGGACCCUCCUCUGGCUAAUCCUACCUACUUGGAUACCUCUUCAGUUACUAUGGUGACCUCCAAACCCACUGGCCCCACCCCUCUGUUCCCUGUAGAUGUGAAUGAAAUCCUGUCAAAGGAAAGGAUGGAGAGUCCAGCUAGUCCUCAGGAGGGCAAGAGCAGCAAAGUCUCUUCAGUCCAGCCGAGAUCAAACCUCGAGGAGCUUCGCAAGUUUGGUAAUGCUUUUAGGCUUCCACCUAGCUCCACCCUUUCCAGCUCCAAAACUUCGACCACUGACUCUGCUCAAGCAAACCCCGCCCACAAUACACAAACAGACCCUGCCCCUCUAACAGAAGCUAAAACAGCCCCGCCCUCAACUCAGACCACAGAGCUUCCAGCAGAGGAGAGAAGUAGAGAGACAAAUGCUGAGGGGGUGGCGACCACCACCCCUCCACCAUCCACACCCAUCUCUGCACCCUCUGCCCUGUCUGGCCCUGCAAUGCAAAAUCCAACUGCGGAAGGGCAAACAUCAGGGACGCCCCAACCUGCAAGGACCCCAGGCAGUGAGGAGGGCAAACCCGAGGCUUCUGAGAGACCAGAGGGCAUGGCUGAUCAAGUGAAGAAAUCUACACUCAACCCCAACGCCAAAGAGUUUAACCCCACCAAGGCUCCUCUCAGCAUGGUGAAGCCCUCAGCCACUCCCACCCCGCCACGGCCAACUCCACCCAGCCCCACGGUGGUGUUGCAGGCCCCGCCAGGCCAGGGGGCCAUUUACAACACUCAGUACCUGAGCUAUGUCUCACCCAUACAGAUACAGGGCCACUCUGUACAGGCACCUCAAAUGUACCCAUAUCCCAUGACAACUAUCGGUCAAGGGAAGUACCAAAGAACAAAAGGUUCUGUGGUGACUCCUCGUCCAGACCACAGCUCUUCAGCGCCACCCAUGAUCCAGGCUGCGGCAUCAGCAGCAGGACCUCCUCUGGUGGCGUCUCCUUACCCUCCCUCGUAUCUGCAGUACAACCAGGUCAUACAAGCAAUGUCCCACUACCCUGGACAGGUACCAGCCUACACGUUUUCAGUAGAACAAAUUAUUCUAGUAUAUUCUCAAACAAGUUGA